AUGAAGCUAUUAUACAAACGAUGUCUUCAGGCAUCGGUGAUACUACUAUGGAGCAUGAGAACAGCCAAUGCCUACUUCAAGGCGCACGAAGAUGUCACCGAUCUGCGAUUCCUGGAUUGUGAUUCUUCGAUCUACUAUGAUCAAUUGCUGGCGCAGAUCAGUGAUCCUUUCCAGUGGACCAAACUAGACUUGCAGAUGCUGACAGUGAGACGGCAUCGUGGCAACGUCCCAGCAGAAGCUGGACAAUGGGGAGACGAUGAUAUCUACCAAGCAGUCAUGGAUUUGGACCAUGGAGAAGAGGCGGGAACUGUCAAAAUGAUCUACCGAAACACGAGCCUAACCACCAAAUUCAAAGGCUUCAUUUGGGAGAUAGAACAUCUGUGGUCUACCAAGGAAGGAGGAGGCAUCAAUGUGACCUCAGCUGCUUACACCGAUGUGCAUCAUGUGCGUGCAGCCGAUAUCAAAGUUCAGGAAGCCAAAACAACCCGACAUUUCGGCAUGUGUGGCACUGUUUCAUCGCUUGACAACUGUGUGGUUCCUGCAACAAGUGAAACAAGCUGGGAUACAGCUCGAGACGACAAAAUAUGGCAACCACCGGAGUCCAAAAGGGGGGAGAUUGCAAGAGCUCUGCUGUACAUGGAUUUGCGGUAUCAAGAGCUCAAACUUGGAGAUUGUGAGCCCUUUGCAACUGGGCAUGUGGGAUAUCUAUCUCAAUUGCUCCAAUGGCACACAGACUAUCCACCCACAGAAGAAGAAGUACGACGCAACGACCGAGCCUGCACGCGAUGGCAGGGCAAUCGCAAUCCUUUUGUCGACUACCCUGACUUGGCGUUGAUUUUGCAUCGAAGCCCUCAGGUUCCAACGACGGGCUGCAAGCCAGUGAAUGUUACAGAUGGAGAAGAAACAACAAGCUCGGAAUCAAACACAAUCUCCGAUUCGGGAAGCAAUAGCGGUAUCAUCUCGGUAAUGGAAACAAAGAGCCCAACGUUUUCCCCACUGCCUCCUCCCACCACAGCAGCACCCACAGCUACCCCAAACGCUUGUGCAUCUAUUCAGGAAGGCAACGUACCUUUCUUUCUGGUGAAUACCAAGAAUCCUGACGAAGUCAUGUUCAUUACUCUGGAGGGUCUUGAGGGAGGGAUGGAGCUAUACCUUACAGAUCAGGCGUGGGAUGGACGAACUUUGAUCAACAAUGUACUCGAUGAAGGCACAGUGAUGAUGACAACGCCCAACCAAGGAAUCGCAGCAGGUACAGUAUUUGGAUAUGGACUCCGAGCAAACCUAGGAACUCGUUGGACGAAAGUGGCGGGUACCUUCACAUUGGGAUUGAAUGGCGACAAUAUCUUUCUCUACUGCUUGGACAACGACAACAAGAUCCGCUUUCUCUCUGGCUUCACCAACAACUAUGACUGGGCACCAGCUUUCUUGGAUGCGUCAGACUACGGUCACAACAGCAGUGCUCUGCCGGACUCGCUUGUGAACAGUUCCAUCAAGCUGCCGCAUCAAUACAACUACUUCUACAAUGGACCGAGGGAUGCUCGCGUUAACCUAUUGCGACGGAGCAUUUUGGAUCCCAACGAAUGGGAAGGAUCCAACGACCUUCGAUAUUCGAUAGACAAGCCGGACGAAGAGGAAGCGUCCUCAUCGUCCUUUGUGUCAUGGGGCUCUUCCUUUGCCACAUUGAUCGUGAUGCUGAGUUGGGCUUUUGUGAACUAG